CCGGUCAUGACGUAACACCCCGCGUUGUAGCGGCACGUGCGUGCUCCACAAGAUGUCAGCAGAGCGGCGGAAAACCUUCGCGAGUACAGUGUACUUAUACAGUCAACAAAAGCUUACAGUCGUUCUUUAACUGAGGCUGAGGAGGGAAUUACACAAACCCCUCAGUGUGGAAGGCACUCAGUAGCUCACCACAUCAUGGCUAGAUGUGCACUCCUGUUUCUGGCAGCCCUUGUUGGAUCUUGCACUCAGUUUACAGAUGCUGUCAACGCUGACAUACAAAAAAAUGAACCAUCAACAGAAAACUCAGAGGAGACAGAACAUUACAUGCCAAUACUCUGCUCACCGAUACCUGACACCUUCCCCUCAUCCUCUUCAGUUCAUACUCUCAGACCUGCUGAUAUCUCAGCUGUUUAUGCCUUGGGAAUCCCACCUUCACACAGGAAUGAAGCAUCCAGAGUGGUCAGUGGAGUAGCUGAGUUGCUGUCAAUGUUUAAUCCUGAAGUGAUCACUCAACAUGUGGAUCAAACCUCAUUGCAGCCUAGAAGCCUGUUAGAGGAGGCAAAAGAACUGACUCUCUCUGUUUCGCCUCAGGUGACCAACUGGAAGCUUGUUCUGCUGUUUGUCCCAGCAGAUUCCCUGUGUCCCUGCUCACCCAACGUUGCUGCAGAUGUUAAAGCUGUUGUCCAGGAAGUGGAAGUAGCUCUGCAGUUGUUACAGAAAAAGUUGCAUCACACUUUAGUUCACGUUGCAGUCUGGAGCACAAAUCUUCAGCAGGACGAGGGUUGUGAGUGUAUUAGAGAUAAACGCUCCAACCAGCGACUACAUAAAGCUUUGCUUCUGAAAACACUACAGGACUCCCUAAAUCAUGUCUUGGAAAAUCCAAAGUGGCACAGCAAACAGGUAGACUUCACUGCUGUGCUACAGUCUGCCCCACUUAUCCUCGAACAAAUCUCAGAUUCUGAGAGAACGUGGUCUGACCCAAACCAGUUAGUCAUUCAGUUAUGGACGAACCUGCUUCAGCCAUCGACAGGUGAGCCCGAGGUCACGGACAGCAGUGUCAUUCAUAUCCCUUGCCCUACCCAGGAGAGACCUUUCUUGCGGACACAGAAAAAUACUCCUAGUGAAAGACAGGAGAAAACCUCCACAGUUGUUGAUCCUGUUGUGGGCACAGAGAUACCAUGCACAGACAGAAGUCCAUCUCCCAGCACACCCACUUCUGUUCAUGAACUCAGACCUGGAGAUAUAAAGGUGGUGGCAGCAGUGGGCGACUCCCUGACAGCAGCCAAUGGUGUGGGUGCAAAGACAGACAACCUUUUGUUGGUGCUUAAGGAGUACAGAGGACUGUCGUGGUGCAUCGGUGGUGAUGAAAACAUUACGUCUGUUACAACUCUGCCAAACAUCCUGAGGGAGUUUAACCCCUCCCUGACCGGCUUCUCAGAGGGAGAAGGUGAUGAGAACUCUCCAAAAUCCUUCCUCAAUCAGGCUGUGCCAGGAGCGAAGUGUGGUGACAUGGUACAGCAGGUUCGCGUCCUUGUGAACAAAAUGAAAAAUGAUUUGUCCAUCGAUUUCCACAAUGACUGGAAAAUCAUCACCAUGUUUAUUGGAGGCAACGACAUAUGUGACUUCUGCACAGACAGCAUCUUUUUCUCCCCUGAGAAUGCAAUCAGUCGUAUCCAACAAGCUCUGGACAUCCUCCAUAAAGAAGUGCCUCGGGCCAUUGUCAAUCUGGUAGAGCUGUUAAACAUGGUACCACUGCGUGAGCUGCACAGUGAUAAAACCCUGGGCUGCCCCACCUGGAUUGUGAAUUUGCUUUGCCCCUGCGUACUGAAGCCUAAAGAAGGAUCCACUGAACUCCAGAGGCUCAUUGACUUCAAUGAGGGCUACCAGCGUGCUAUGAAAGAGCUGAUUGACACUGGGCGGUACGACACACACAAUAACUUCAGCGUGGUCCUGCAGCCAUUCAUGAGGGAGGUUUACCUUCCCAGGUUAGAGGAUGGCCGGCCCGAUCGCUCGUACUUUUCACCCGACUGUUUUCAUCUCAGCCAGAAGGCUCACACUCUCAUGGCUCGUGCUCUUUGGAACAACAUGUUAGAGCCGGUGGGCAACAAGACGUUUACACAAGACUUUGAAGCUGGAAUUGAUUUGAAGUGUCCCUCUGAGACCAAUCAAUUUUUUAGGACUGCUGUCAACAGUAACUACAAAUUUCCAGGCCCCAAGCCCACCGUUGCUCCUGUUACAAAUUGGGGCAGUGAUUUUUCCUGUGUUAACACACCUCCAUCCAACUCUGUGCCCACUUCAGCUCACAGAUUACGGCCAGCAGACAUCAAAGUGGUGGCCGCUCUGGGAGACUCUAUAACGGCCGGCUUUGGUGCGAAGGCAAAGAAUCUGCUGCAGCUGAGAACUGAAUACAGAGGGGUGUCCUGGAGCAUUGGAGGAGACGAAACUCUCGAGACUGUAACAACAUUACCUAAUAUCCUUAAGAAGUUCAAUCCCACAAUCAAAGGAGCGUCAAAGGAAAAAGGGAAAGAUCAGACUGGUUUCAAUGUGGCAGUAUCCGGAGCUAGAAUAUCAGGAAUCCCAGGACAGGUCCAACGCCUGAUUGAUACCAUGAAAAAUGACUCUACGGUGGAUUUUGAGAACGACUGGAAGCUGGUGACCCUUUUGAUUGGAGGCAAUGACCUGUGUCAGUACUGCUAUGACCGCACCACUUUGUCACCUCAGAACUACAGCCAUCAUUUGAUGACAAGUUUGGAUAUGCUUUACAAAGAGGUUCCCAGGACGAUUGUCAAUGUUGUGGAGAUUCUAGAAAUUGAAGGACUUCGCAGGAUCAAAAGUCAAGCUCUCGGCUGCAAUUUCAUACAACAGUACAUCUGCCCGUGCUUCUUGUUAGCAGCAGAGGAUUCCCCAGAGCUGGCUGAAAUGAUUAUGAUCAAUCGGGAACUCCAGAUUGAGACGGAAAGAGUAGUGUACGGAGGCCGCUAUGAUGACCGAGAGGACUUUGCUGUGGUCGUGCAGCCCUUUUUCAAGAACACCAUUGUUCCUUUGAAUGCUGAUGGCAAACCUGACUCCACCUACUUCUCUGUGGACUGUUUCCAUUUCAGUGAACGUGGACAUGCUGAAAUGGCUGCUGCUCUGUGGAAUAACAUGUUGGAGCCAGUGGGUAAAAAACAGACAUACAACAAUUUCACAAGUAUCAGAAGUAACAUCAGGUGCCCCACUGAGGAGCAUCCUUACAUUUUCACGAAGCUGAACAGUUUGCCCACCACAGUGCUUCCCACCUCUGAAUGCCCAGAGGCUGUGCCAGUAUGGCUCGCUGCUGUGCUGCCCUUCAUAGGGCUUCUCAUUGGCUCGGCUGUCACAGGGCUCCUCCUCUCCUGCAGAGCCAAGAGAGGCAAGAAGAUGACGACGUCUGCGGAGAUGAACGGCACUGCGUUUUAAAGUGCUACCUACCGUGUUUUUGCACUGGACUACUAAACAGUUAAGAACCACAACUACAAAACAACGUCACAAUAUUUAAAGUAGUAGAAAGCAUGUUGUUUGUGGUGAUAAGGAAGUUCUUCAAAAAAAAGGUAUGAAAAGAAAGCCUUGACUGCUUUGACUAGAGAAGUUAAUUAUUGUUCAUGAACCGUGGAAAAUAUUACUUGAUGCUGAGGUGGAAGAGCUACACCAAUCUCUUCUUAAGGAAAGCAGUACAUAAGACAACUGAAUGACUGAGGAGAAGACUUCAAAAUUUUAAACCAUAUUUAAAUGUUGUAGCUGGUCUAACAACUGACUUAUUGACACAAUGAAAUCACCAACCAUGACAAUUAAAACAGAGUAGGUUUUAUCUGCAUAUAAAGUCUUAAAUUACUGACCGGGCAUUAACUUAUUACUGCUGUUAUAUGUUAAAUUUUAUUAAAAUAUAAAUGUAUUUUAAUUGAGUUAUUUUGAGAUGUUGUGGAGUAAAAUACCCAACAGUUAAUACCUUAACACUUACCACUUACCUAAUUUUUUAAUGUUGUAUGGCCAUUGUGUGCAAUGACAAAUGUUUGGAAAGACAAUGUAAUUAAGCAAUCUUUAGGUUUUCUUCUUUUUUUGUAUGUGUUAUUGAAAAUAAUCUUUAUACUUUUGAUUGUAACAAAAAUGUUUCUGGUUCAUUUGGAAUAAAUAAUUUGGUAUAAUUCA